UGAGUUUCUCGGUGCCCCUUGGCGGCGGACUAGGCCCGCACGACGGCCUUCACCCCGGACUGAAUGACCUUCACCGUAACAACAACAGUGUCGGGGGCGGAGGCGGUGGUGGGGGCGGCCCGCUCAACCACGGGGCAGUCGGGGGCGGCGCAGGGGGUGGCGGGGGUGGUGGCGGUCCUGGCGGGGGUUUGAACUACGUGCGCACCGCGUCCACGGGUAGCUUGAGCGGGCCCCCGACCCCCACCACCGGGCCCGGGGGUCCGAACACGCCCCUUGUGGUACCGCAGCCUGUCAAGCCGCCUUCGCGGACCGGCACCAAGACCUACCAGUGCAAGAUCUGCGACCAGGUAUUCACCACCAAGUCGGACAUGCUGAUCCACUGUCAGCAGAUUCACAAGCAAGAUCCCAAACCGUACAAAUGCCCGACGUGCUCGAAAAGCUUUGCCAACUCGUCCUAUCUCUCGCAACACGCCCGCAUCCACUCCGGCCUCAAGCCGUACAAGUGUGAGAUCUGUGAACGCAAAUUCACCCAGCUCAGCCAUCUGCAGCAACAUAUCCGGACGCAUACCGGGGAAAAACCGUACAAGUGUAUGCACCCAGGAAACGUACCUAACCCGCCAUAUGGCCAAGCACUCCCAGGAGAAUAUGCCCAAGAUUAUGACUCGGCCAAUCAAACAGGAGCCUAUGGACUUGGUGGACCGCGACUUCAUUGGGGCCCGGCUCCCCGAUAAGUCCACUCCCUCUGACCUUAGCAUGAACCCCACGGGGGCCAGCUCAUGCAGUAAAGGGGGUGCGCCUUCGUCCGCCUUCAUGCCAUUGUCUCCCUUUGCAGCCAAUACUGUUAGUUCUUCCUCUGGCCCCGGAUAUCACUACAGCCCGGGGUUGAGCCACAACAGCCUGAGCUCCCCCCUCCCCCACAUUUCUUCCAUGGCGUCGCCCAGAUAUUUCCCCUACGACCCCAUCGGUUUCGGACGCAAGGCGGACGCUCCGGACCGCAACCUGAACAUGGGCGUCCCCCGGGAAUCGAUGAUCGCAAACUCUCUAUUGAGCCUGCAGCAUAUAAAAAACUACGCCUCCCAGCAGAUGCCAAGCUUCAACCCUGCCCCUACAGCCGGUUCCAGGCUGGCCUAGUCUUCUCUGGACAUCGACUAGACUGUUCCCGAUACAAUUCCUCUUCCUGCACUUUUCAUAGCGCGAUGGAACCAGGCGCAAACCUUCUAACCAGUUUUUAAAUUAAAGAUUCUAUUACAUUUUUUUUUUUUUAAGUUUCAAGUCCUUACAGACUCGGAACUAGUCAUUUGAAAUGCGCAUAUUUCAACUGGAAAAAAACCCAGUAAAGUUUUAAAUGAGAUUUUUGUUUCGCCAUAAUAUGAAAUAGAAGUUAAGUACCUCUUUUGAUAGAAGAUAUCAAUUGUUCCAGUUUGAAAAAUCAAACGGUCUUUUUUAUCCAUAUUUUUUUCUUUUAAACACGUAUUUUUUCUUUUAAGAAUGGAAAGCUAUAACUUUUGAUAACUUGGUAAUGUUGAUAAGGGCCUUAAAACCCAAACACUAAUUUUACAAAUGCUAUGAGUUAGACGGUUUGCGCCCACGACCAUCGCUACCCUACCUUCUGGUGAUAGCGUUUGACCACAGGAGACAACACAAUUUGGGUGUGUGGUGGGUGUUUGUGGAUAGAAACAAUCUGUCGCCGGACGCAGCUACUCUGUAGAAGUAGUGUAUUUUGCAACGAAUUUUUCAACGGCGGCUGAUCUCUUUUGUCUACAAAUUACCGACGGUUCAUUUCUUUUUGGGUGGGGAGGUUUACGUACUGAGUAGAAUGCUGCAAGACUAUUUAAUACUUAUGACGUAUUCAUAUUAUUAUUAUUAUUAUUAUUAUCAUUUCGUGGUCGGACACGGUAUGUUUCUUCCUAUGGGAAUAGCUUUAAGCUACGCUAAAAGGGGCGCUAGAAUUUUUGGGUUACGAAAUAAUUCCUUUGUUUUAUAAAGUGGGAAAUAAAUGCGUUUUUUUUUUUUAAGUAGUAUUUUAAAACGUUGAUACUACGAGUAAAACAUGCUUCUUUGUCUUAUCAUUUGACCAAAGACAAAGAAAAAAAAAUGUUUCCAACUUCUUGAGCGCAAUAGUUAUAGUAUUUUUGUCUGUGAGCUGUUUUUUUUUUCUUAAGAUCCCAAGACAGUUUAACACAAGUCAAAAACUAGAAAACUACUUACUCUGUUAUCUAUCUCUUCUUUUAUUUUCUUUGAUUAUAAACAAAAGCACUUUAAUGAAACUUUAUCAUUAUUGCUAUAGACCUGAAAAAGAUUGUCUUAAAGCUAUACGUUUUCUUUCCAAGAAAGUGGUUUCGUUUCUUUUUGUAUCACAGUUUCAUUAAACUCCCAAACCAUAUCACGCCUGUAGAGAUGAAGACAAGGCGUUGGUAAGAUUUUGAGGAGUCGUUUACUUAACGUUGAGGAUAGGAAAGUUCAGUAUUUAAUAGUUAUUUUCUUUUACUUUUGGGAAUAGGAAGCUACUAUACAGUGAUCUGCCCAUGGGAACUUUGAAACGAGCAUGUCUUUAUGUUGUUAAUCAGACAUGUUAAGGGGGGUGGGGGUGGCAGUUAUACGCCAUGAUCUGGUUGUGUUCAAAAUAAUAUUUGCUAAUUGUGAAAAAGAAAAACGACAAAUUGCGCAGAAGGCGUUCCUGCGAGGUAUUCGAGUGUUUCUCUUGUCAUAAUUGCGGGGGGACAAAGCCACCUGUCGCAGCAGCGGUGCAUUUUAAAAUCUUUCAGAAUGUCAUCUCAAUGCAAUGUUGAUGUACUAUAAGGAGAAGAACGACACCAAUAUUUAAGGUUUGAUGGCCGUGUUUGUAUGACCUUUACACAUCGCUAUAUAUUUGUACAAAGAGAUUUUUACCGAAUCACAAAAAUCAUGUCCAAACACAGUGGAAUGUGUUUGAUAUUAAGUUCCCCUUCGAGUUCUUGUCAAUUCCCUUACUCGUUCACUUCAAAGUUUUGUUGUUCAUUAUACUGAUGGAGAAGUUGGAAAAAUAUUGCACACACGGAGACAGUAUUAUUCUACAAUGCUUGAGUCAAUUUUUUGCUUCAUAUCAGAGGAAUUUCUGGAAGUGGCAGUACUACAAUAACGAAAUAUAAAUGUUGAUUUGUUGUGGUUUUUUUAUGUGGCUUGCCUUUGAUCUGAGCCACGUUUAAUUUAAAUGGUCAAGUCGAUGGUGCUAAAUAUUUUUAAGCUCUUGAGAAAUAUUCUAGAGACACCCGGUCUUAUAAUAUUUGACGCUCAGUAUGGUUUUUAAUAUUAUUUUGCCUUAACUGUUUUACAAUUAUAGUUUUGUUUCAUUUUUUUCAAGUAAAGGAAUAUUCUUCACUUUAUACACAGUAAAAGAGGCGAACGACACCCAUCCUUUCUUGUCAGCUCAUGUACAAAUUUAUAUUUUUAAGGAGACAGAAGAAAUACAUCAUCUUAAAAACUGUAAAUUUAUUUUACACUGGCAAAAUUUAUGGACAAAAUCCAUUUAUACUUGAGAAUUCGUCUGUAAUAAUUUGCUAUAUUAUUGAUAUUAACAAAAAUGUGCUAAAACCACAUCGUUAAGUCCGGAAGGAUUCCUUCUCAGUUGUGGGCAAUGCGACCCCUUCAGUUGCUAUUCGUGGUAUAUAAUUUUCCCUUAUCAACUUGCCCAUAUCACUGCCACGUUUGCAUUGUCACUGAGAAAUCCCUAAUUCCAGACAUACAAAAAAUUGUGAUCUUUCUAAGGAGCUAAAACUACAUCAAGGUUGUUGUGUUUUUAUUUUUUGACACACUUUUCAUUUUCCUGUGAAAAUGUGUUUUCAGAAGUUGUAAGUUUACUUUCUGGAUGACGCUCAGUCGUAUUCUCUACGAAUGUUUUGUCUACUAUAAAAAUGAGAGCUAUUGUCUUUUAUUUAUCACUUUUUAUUCAGGAGGGCCGUUUUCUCUUACAUCUUUUGUUUCGUUUAUAUUUUUUUCCAAUCCUUAUUUGUAUGUGUCCGUAGUCACACGUGCGUCCAAGAACGAUGUAAGCUUGGCUUUUUCUUUAUUUUUCACUGUUACUUUUGUCUCUAGUGAAUCGUUAAUUCAUCUCUAGAUCCUAUCUGGUCACUUCUGACACGAGUAUAAGCCGUGGAAGUGUAUUAGUUUCUACAGUUUGGUUUGAAGAUAUUGAAAGACAAAGAUAGGGAAACGGUACUCUUACAAAGUAGUUUUCUUUCAUGUGAACGUUAAAGUCAUUGUGUUAAGAUAUAUGUGGGGCAAGCAGCAUGCCCCUACCUUACAUUAGAAUUGUCAAACGAUUAUUAUGAGAUAAACGAAAUGAUUGUUUAUUGAAGACUAGGGACAAAAUCUAGUUCAGUCUCCGCCCCUGUGUUGAGAGGGGUGUAAAAAAUCAUCUACCAUAGUGCAGGCUACAUCCAGUGGAGGAGGAUGUAGCGGAGAACGUGAAGGUAGCACCUGGUAGCUGUUGAGCUACUCGCAGGAUGGGCUACAUCAGUUGAAGUAUCAGGAAGACUAGGAUAUCUACCCCCCAAACCCCACAGGCAGUCCGAGGAAUGCGGUGAUCUUGAGGAAGAUCCAGCGUUAGACGUAGCUGUUGUUUGUUGCUUUCCCCCUUUGCCCUGUGAUCACUGCGCCGAAUGGAGACUCUCUGUCUAAUGGUGAGGUCUUGUAACAGUGAGAUGAGACACCCUGGCAUGGUUCAAAUCUUUUUAUCGCGAUGACGAGCACGAGAUAGCGGCACCCUUAAAACCUCAGUUCUUUCCAGCCAGUUCAGGCAGGCCUGUCAGUCGUCUCUCUCACGCAAUGACAAAGGGGAAAACAGUCAACCCUGAGGCAAUCCAUGGAGCACACAGCGCAAAAGGGAAAAGCAACAAACAUGGUGCAAAACAAACCCAUAAGCCAUUUGGGUCGACACAGUUUGAAUUAGAAGCGUGGCUUCGGUUCUCUGUUCUGAUUAUUUAGCUCUGAGAAGUGUCAGAACUGUAGAAAGCGUCAUUGCGAAUGACGUUUUGAGCGUUUCAGAAUCUAUUACUGCAGACAUUAAUUUUACCUUGAGACAGGACGAGUUGCAAAGCAGGGCAACGUAUCGCGCGUGUUAAAUGGAACUUGAAGAAGAAAAAACAGAAACAAUUUAUGAACAUAUAGAUCAAAUUCCACUGGACUGUUGCGAAUACGUCCGAAAUUCAGGUUUGGUCACAAAAGAAAGCUAUUCGGAAUGAAUAAGAUUCUUUCAGACGCGCACGCCACGUAUAUGCGUAUGUGUGUCUUUAUCCGACGUAAAAUCCCAGUGAUUAGUUUUGCUUUGUGGUCAGUGGAACCAACGAAAAUUUCCGGAAAGUUUUACAUGUUCAAAGAUUGUUUCUGGUUUCUCGUAUUGCUAUGGUCUGUAACUUUGUGUUAGUAACUUCUUGUGGUGAUUAGCGUUAGAUUGUGGAUAGAACUAGCGCCUAUAUGUGAUUUUUCAUAUUUCCUUUGUGUGUUCUACAGAUAAUAUUAUUGGUUUGCAUGUUGUCCCCGGAAUUCUCUUUCAUUUCUUGUGAUCAGUGAUAGAAUGUGGUAGCUCGGCCCGGCCACUCUUCACCAUCGCGAAGAGAUUGAUUGUGUUUCUUAAGCGUGUUGACUGUGUUAUAUUAUCGGUACUUUGUACUAACAAUUUUACUUCACGUAUCAUCAUUGUCCCUUCUUGGCAUUUUGGAUCAUGUUCUCUGUCCGACGUCUUGUACAUAUUACUACAUCAACUAUUCCUGUGACUUCUUUUCUUGUUGCUAUGUAGGUAUGUCGUAUGCGUGCAUGUAUGUGUGUGUGUGUCUGUUGUGAGUGUGUAUGUACGUAUGUACGUAUGUACUUACGUAUGGUAUACGUGCUUGACUUUUUCGGCCCAACCCACACACAAAAACUAUUCAAUUGGGUGUAAUGAGAUGAGUCAGUAGAGCUAGACGAGGGUGAUUUCAUACUUAAAUUAUAUUAUGUCUGUUUAUUAUUGUACGUUCUCAAACUACAACUCUUCCAUAAACUCAUCGACUGUAUUUCUACUGCAGCUUACAUCUCUUCAAUUCUAAAGCGCAGCCUCAUUGCUGUAACAGAUUCGAGGCAAACCACAGUUACAUUAUUAUUACUAUUAUUAUUAUUACUAUUAUUACAUUAUAAGCUACUCAUUCUUCCUGAUCCCAUCUUGAUAAAUGAUACUAUUUAGUUUUGUGCUCCAUGUUUCUUUGAAGGUGUUUCUAUGAUUGAUACUGUUGUUAUUUUAUUUCCUUCGAGACAGACACAGGAACGGGAAAGCAUUCAGCGUCCGCGCGAGUUAAAGAGUUAUCAGUUCAUAUGUCGCUGGACAAAAUUUGCCUCUGGAUUUGUUGAAUUUUAAUGAGCGAAGCGGUUGCUAUGGAGAUUGAAAGGGACUGAUCUUGAACUGGCUGGGAAGAACUGAGGUUAAGGGUGCCCCCUAUCGUGCCUCGUCAGCGCGACCUCUGACGUCAUUUCCUUCCAGUCCCCAUGGCAACCGCUGCUUCAAUGGCAACUGUUCCUUGACUCGAUGUUCUAUACUAAAUUAUUAUAACUCUCUGUUUUGAACUGGGCAGUGGUGCAGAGACAAUGGCGAAUUGUGGUUCUGUAUUUUGGUUGAGACGUUAUUGAAUAUCCCUUCUCUCUUCUUGUUGUUUCUUGCCCUUGAUAUAAUGACGAAAAAUGAUCACACGAAUGUUGUACCAUGUUCUCAUCACCGUUUGUCUUAGAGAGUAUCACUCACUAGUGGUGGCAGUGUGCACUUAGACCUAGCGUCUACACAUUUACAUUUUUCUUUUGCUCAUCCUCAUAAUUUUGGUAUGGCAUAGACAUACAUACGUUAUAAAAUAUUGGAUUACCUGUAUAGAUGAUCUUGUCCAACGGUUCCUGUUGUGUAAAUGAUCUGCCAUACAGAUUUAGUUCGCUUCUGUUUUAAGGUUGGUGAAGCUGUGAGUCUGAGCGGGGAAUCUGAUGUUAUUGUUUCUGUGUUGUUGUUAUUGUUGUUGUUUUAUUUUUAAAAAUAAUGUUUUGAAAAUUUACUAAUUAAUUUUGUCACUCUGUUAAUUACUUACUUACUGUUGGUUUUUCCCUCCCGCCAGCAAUCAUUGAUGCAUUCGUGUUUUGAUGGUGUAACAUUUUCUGUUCUUGUUGAAUUUGAAAGUGUGUUUUUGGAAAGUUCAAUGUGGCGUUUAACAGCACCUCAGUCGACUUAUUUAUCAUUCGUUGUGAUCGUUGUUGUUUACUCUGUAUGUGAUUGUUUAUGCAGAGAUUUGUUUCGUGUAAUAUUUUUAUCAAACUAAUUUAAUAUGCAUCUUUUUAAUGUUAUUUGAUUAUAAUUCUAUUCGGUGUAGACUUAAUAUUGAGCGUUCUUUCCUUUGAUGUCUUAAUUUCAUGGGGGGAAAUGUCGAGAAUACUGAGACCUUUCAUACAAAAUGUCAGUCAUUGUUCACGUCUACCACAAAUUUUAACGUUAACUUAGCUCAACAACCUGCUUUGAUCAAGGAGAAAAAAAAAUCCCCAACAAACAUUGCGAAUAGUAUUAGUUUAAAACGGAAUUAUGAAUGUCUGUCCAGUUGAUCCUUUGGCGUCUUUCUUUCUUCCUUUUUUUUCCUUUCUAAUUGUCGAAUCCAUUACCACUAGCGUAGCAAUUAUAUCAGUUUUGUUUUGAUGAUACAUGAAUAAGGUUAGGAUGUUGCGGGGUGUGUUUUUUCCUUGUCCUUCGGCUCUGAGAAUAAUGCCCUGGCGUCAAGGUUAACUGUCUUAUGGUUCUCAGCAACAAGUGGCUAUCCUUUAUUUCUGUCUACUUUGUCGGCAUUUCUGAUCUGAUAGCGCUUCUGUCGUUCUCAGCAGUCGGUGAACUAUCUGUGGAGACGUAGGCUGUAAAUCUGACCUCCAAGUGAACACAACGCUGACCGGGAACUAUUCGUAUCAAUCAAACUUUGGAUUUUCUCGUUAAAUCAGCUUUUCAAUAAAAAAAAAAAAAAAAAGAAAUGUCAAGCAUAAAGUAAAUGGGUGGUUUUCAUCCAGCUUUAUUGUUUCUUGUAAGUUCGAAUCUGUAUCGUUUAAAAACAUGGGCGUCACAAUAGGGAAGAAAUAGAUACGGCAGUCUCCCCGGGGGUAAUGCCAGAAGCUCGAGGAUGUCUGAAGAGCAACUAUUGUCAAAGGGUAAAUAUUAUACUAUGAGAGGGUAGAAAAAGAUGCUUUGGUUUUAAUGAAAAGAAACUCUUCGAGACCAUGGCCUUCAUUUAGUGCAGGGGGGAGCAAGACAGACAGAAAAAUACCUACCCCCAAAAAUAUAUAUAUUUAAAAAUUACAAAUUAGAAACAAAAAUUAAAUUAAAUUAAAACAUGAUUUCAAAUGAUCCUUCAAGAUAGGAUGGCGAAGAGUCAAACGUUUAUAGAAGAUACAUUUCUAGAUUUUGUUCUGGGUACACUAUCAGGCGCCAUAGUGUUGGAAGACUGGAUGGCAGCACAUGAGAGCUCAAAUUAGAAAGAAGCAGGGUCCCAUUAUCUUCCAACGCGUGUUUGAUUUAUACAAGGCAGCUUUUGAGACUUUACAUGAGAAAAUGAGCAACUCUUUUGAGUUUGAAGACUUGGCACCGGAAUGAAGUUCUUAUAAGUUUGUUAUUUUUACUUUAGUUUUUUUUAAUUAAUGAAAACAAUGGAAUGGAUAAGAUGGCUUAUUUUACAUCGAAUGUCUGGACUCAACAUCUCAUACCUUUAGAAAUAGACACUAUAAAGAAGUUAGCUAGACGUGUUAUACUUAUCAUAAAGCCACUUUGAUUGCAGCAACUAGCCACUUCUACAUUUCUAAGCGAUUCUUCAUAAUUAUGUCUAUCUGCAUUUCUAUUGAAAUGUCUCUUCGACUUUUCUUUGUUUCAUUUAUUUUUGGUGUAAUAUCAGUCUAUCUUCGUAACUAAAUAAGAAAAUAAAAAAUAAAAAAAGGCUCUGCAAUGCGUAUAUCAAAGAAAGCGUUAGUUAGGAAAGACAAAUUUCACAGUGAGUGUUCACAGAAUUUUGAAAGUAAGCGUUCCGCUAUUGUCCGUCUAAAAGUAAUUUCGAAAGAAACAGACGCGUUGUUAGGACAGGACUUAAGGACGUGUAUGUAGUGUUUAGGCAUUCACUAAUUGGGAGUAUUGUUGGUUUCAUUUUUUGCGCAUUCAGCUAUUUUUCCAGUAGAAAACCAUGUUUUGAGGUCAGUUAACAUUAAUUCGAUUUUACGAAAAGGAAACACGCCAAAAAAAGGAAAUAAAACAAAAAAACGAGUAAAGAUCUAGAAAGAUUUGCUGCGGAAUAUAGGUGUCCUUGCAACGUGAACAAGAAGUGGGAUAAAAUUGAGAUGAUCUUUCUGUGUACCUUCUGCAUUGCAUUUGGAACCUCUUGACUUUUGGUAGCACGCCAUAAGACUCCUAGUCUGUAUUCCCUUUCUCAGCGUCUACUGCGCUGUGACCGUAACACACUCCCUCCCCUCCUUGUACAAAUAAAAAAAAGGGGGAAAAAAGCAAGAAAUAAAGAGAAAAAACCCAAAGAA